AUGUACAAAGGUCGAAGGGAAUUUAAGUCUAAAACUUCAGAACGACGACUUACGUCUAGCAACAGAAGUGUGGUAGGCUCUGAUGAAUAUAAAGAUGAGAGGAGAGAUGAUGUUCUAAAAUGUGACCCGUGCAGUGCAGAGGGUAGUACAGUUGAUGCUCAAAAAUUUUGUCAGGACUGUAAAGAAUAUUUGUGUUCGAUGUGUGUAAGAAAUCAUGCAAAGUAUGCGACGUUGAAAAAACAUGUGCUUGUUGACAAAGAUACGGAUAUUGAUUCUAUUUCAAGUCGUGCAUCAAGUGACUUAUGUACAGAGCAUUGUUACGUACAUUCUAGGGAAUACGUGAAAUUUUACUGCCCGAGACAUAACGAUCUAGGCUGCCAUGAUUGCAUGACAAUGAACCAUCGCAUUUGUCGAAUAGAAUUCAUACCCGAUAUUUUAGAAAACUUUCAGAAAAGUGAGGAAUAUGAUAACAUUGUGAAGAACAUGAAUGGUAUUAUGAGUGAGACGUCAGAAGCUUUAAAAGUCGCAAAUAAAAACUCUUCUGCAAUACAAGAAUGGCAUGCAUCGACCAUUGCCGAAAUGCAGAAAUACCAUACCGAAAUAAAUGCUUUCUUUACCAAGAAUGCGGAUGAGAUCGAGCAAAAAGCCAAAGAUAUUAAGAGUGUAGAGAUUAAGAAAGUAAACGAAACUCUUCAGUCAUGUAAGACAGUAAAAACAGAAAUAGAAAAAGAGUUAGAUGCUAUGAACAAAAUGGUUAAAAACAGAAACUUCUAUCAGUUAUUUGUGGCUGUAAAAAAGUAUACAGUCAAGGUAGAAUCGUACGGUCCCUUAGUCAGGCAUGCCUGUUGCGAGAAGAUCAAACCAUUGAUCUUUGAAAAAAGCGGCAUAUUGAGGGAAUUGAGGGAUGCAAAAAUGACAAUGGGCAGUGUCACUCAUAGUGAUAUUGGAUUAGAUAGCACAAAGUCAAUGGUGUCGGGUUAUGCAUCCCGUGCAUACAAAGGUGAAAUCGAUGUAAGUUCUCCGGAUGAAAGUCGUAGAAACUGGAUAACAGGGUCCAUUCUUCUGUCUCCAGACAUAUUGGUAAUAACAGAUUAUAGAAACGCCUCGGUAAAGGUCAUUGACAUUCAGGCAAAAAAGGUCGUUUCAUUCGUCAAAAUGUCUUCGGGGCCGCGUGACAUAACUCAUGUCCCAAAAGAAUGUCUAGCAGUUGCAAAGCCAGAAGAAAAAGCUAUUGAAUUAUUUACAGUAUCAAACCUGGCCAAAAUCCGAGAAUUCAAAGUCUCCGGCUCUUGCUACGGUUUAUGCUGUCAUAAAGACAAACUGGUAGUCUCAUUUCAAAAACCGCCAAAAAUUGAGGUAAUGGAUCUGAACGGUACAGUUUUAUCCUCGUACUCCACAGACAUGAUAGAAAAACCAUUGCAUGUCGUUUGUAGAUCCGAUGGCAAAGAGGCUUACAUAUCCGACGAGAAGUCUGAUUCAGUGUUGUGUCUGAAUUUGGUAAAAGACACAACAAGAGUGGUCCGGAAGGUCAAUAUCGAUGGCCUUAAGGGAAUUGCAAUAUGCACUGAUGGAUCGUUGUUUGCAUGCAGUAGUAACAACCAUUCCAUAUUUCAUAUUAUGCAGAACGGCGAUGCAGAAAUUGUUCUUGAUGCGGAAUCAAAUGUCGUGCGUCCAUAUACGGUGUCUUUUUGCGAGAAAAGAAACAGACUCUAUGUUAGUAGCAACCUGUCCAG